CCCAUCUUAUUAAGCUCCAUAACAUCAUCAAUGUCUCCCUCAAAACAAAUGGCCUCGAUAGCAAUAUUUCUAUUCAUCUUGUUCUCACUUGUCAUUCCUAUGACAGCCAUUCCACUGAGAAAAUCUAGACCCUUGAAUCUACUCAGGCGAAUAAAUCGUGACGGUCCAUACCUUGGUCUCAUCACAGUCUACCCGCCUGAAGAAGAAGCUUUCUUUGCUACAAACGCCUUUAAGCCAAAUCCACGACAUCCUUUUGUUGACUUAUCGGGAAGAAGAUUUAGAGUAGGAAAGAUGAAUGAUAAGAGAGUUAUCUAUGUGAGAUGUGGAGUUGGAAUGGUGAAUGCGGCAGCAACCACACAACAAAUGUUUGACCUUUUUUACAUAAACGGAAUAGUACAUUUUGGUAUAGCCGGCAACGCCAACAAUUCCAUGUCGAUUGGAGAUGUUACCAUCCCAAAAGAAUUUGCGCACACGGGCAUAUGGGAUUGGCUAAAACCAAAUGGAACUCUCCCAUCUAAUGAUAUUGCACAUUUGGAUAUUGGAAGCUAUAAUGAGCCUAAAGAAGAAGGAAUCAAUCUCUUAGGCAGGAUUGGUUAUAGCAAUGAACAACUAUUCUCUAGUUUAAGCAAGCCGAAUGUUGCUGAAGAAGUAUUUUGGGUGCAGACAAACCGUGAUUGGGUCAAGUUGGCUACAAAUCUAGAGGGGAUGGAAUUGGAGAAAUGUGUAAACUUGAGUAUUUGUCUACCGGAGAAGCCAAAGCUGAUAGUUGGGCUUAGAGGGUCGACUUCGAAUAUUUUUGUGGAUAACCAAGCUUACAGAAAGUUUCUUUUCGACACUUUUCAUGUUUCGUCGGUUGAUAUGGAAAGCUCUGCCAUAGUAAUGGUGGGCUUGUCAAAUGGAUGUCAUGUAAUUGUUUUGAGGGGACUAUCAGACUUAGCUGGAGGACAGAAAGGGAAUAACGGAAUUUUCACAUUUGGGUCACUUGCAGCUCUCAAUGUUGCAAAAGCAGUUGUUCAGUUUGUCAAAAUAUUGCCAAAACAUGCCAAACGUGGAUGAUUGCAACUCACAAAGACAAAGUAAAUUACUGUUCUUUAAUUUCUUCCAUCUAAUAAUCUCAUUUUAAAAA